CGCGCCGCUCGUUUCCGGCUGAGCAGAACGCCAUUCAGCCUCCUUCCGUUGUGUCCAGGUGCCGCUUCAGAACCGGCGCGAUGGGCAAGAAGGGAAAGAAAGAGAAGAAGGGCCGCGGUGCGGAGAAGACAGCCGCUAAGAUGGAGAAGAAGGUGUCCAAGCGUUCGCGGAAGGAGGAGGAAGACCUGGAGGCUCUCAUAGCCCAUUUCCAGACCCUGGAUGCCAAAAAGACCCAGGUUACAGAGACGCCGUGUUCGCCACCCUCUCCUCGGUUAAAUGCCUCCCUGUCUGCGCACCCUGAGAAAGAUGAAUUAAUCCUUUUCGGAGGUGAAUAUUUCAAUGGCCAAAAAACCUUCAUGUAUAAUGAGCUCUACAUCUACGGUAUCAGAAAGGACACCUGGACGAAAGUUGACAUCCCUGGCCCGCCUCCAAGGCGCUGUGCUCAUCAGGCUGUGGUGGUACCACAGGGUGGCGGGCAGCUGUGGAUCUUCGGUGGGGAGUUUGCAUCUCCUGAUGGCGAACAAUUCUACCACUACAAGGACCUCUGGGUCCUGCACUUGGCCACCAAGACCUGGGAACAGAUUCGAUCAACAGGAGGUCCUUCAGGUCGGAGUGGGCAUCGGAUGGUGGCCUGGAAGCGACAGUUAAUUCUUUUUGGUGGCUUUCAUGAAAGCACAAGGGACUACAUUUACUACAGUGAUGUGUAUACUUUCAGCCUGGAUACCUUCCUGUGGAGCAAGCUGUCUCCAUCAGGCCCUGGGCCCACGCCCAGGUCAGGCUGUCUGAUGGCUGUCACCCCCCAGGGCAGCAUAGCCAUCUAUGGGGGUUACUCCAAGCAGAGAGUCAAGAAAGAUGUGGACAAAGGCAUCCAGCACUCAGACAUGUUCCUGCUGAAGCCCGAGGAAGGGGGAGAAGGCAAAUGGACCUGGGCCCGAGUUAACCCUUCAGGGGUCAAGCCUACUGCAAGGUCUGGCUUUUCUGUGGCCGUGGCUCCAAAUCAUCAGAUACUGCUCUUUGGGGGCGUGUGUGAUGAGGAGGAGGAAGAGAGCCUGGAGGGCUUGUUCUUCAGUGACCUGUAUGUCUACGAUGCUGCCAGAAGUCGCUGGUUUGCAGCACAGCUGAAGGGCCCUAAGUCGGAGAAGAAGAAACGGAGGCGGGGCAAAGUAGAGGAGCACGAAGGUGCCACUGAAGAGGACAACAGAGCAACUAGUGCCCCAGAGCCGCUGGAGGUGAUAAAAGAGGUGGUGGCCGAAGAUGGGACAAUGAUCACCAUUAAACAAGUGCUUGCUCCCUCUGGGUUGGUGGUGCGACCCCAACCUAAGGCGGAAGACGGUGCUCCAGAGGCCAGCAGCACGGGGCAGGAGCCAUGUCCACGCUCCAGUGCCAUGCUGGCUGUCAAGCAUGGACUGCUCUAUGUCUAUGGUGGCAUGUUUGAAGCUGGUGACCGCCAGGUGACCCUUAGUGACCUCUACUGCCUUGACCUUCAUAAAAUGGAAGAAUGGAAAACCUUGGUGGAGAUGGAUCCAAAAUCGCAGGAGUGGCUGGAGGAGACAGACUCAGAAGAGGAUAGCAGCUCAGAUGAAGAGGGUGCAGAGGGGGGAGGUGACGACCAGGAAGAGGACAGCACAGAGGACAGUGCUGAGGAGGGAGAAGAUCCACAGCAUCCAGAGGUGGCGCCUGGGGAACAGUAUGCAGAGUACCUGUCCCGGACUGAAGAGCACUGGCUGAAGCUUGCCCGGAACCACGUGGGGCCUGAUGCAAAGGAGAAGAAGGUGUUCAAAGUAGCCCAGGCCAUGGCAAGAACAUUUUUUGAUGAUGCAGGUCAAGGCGUGGCACAGGCCAAGCAUUAGGCUGAGGGAUGUCUUCAGCGUCACUGCUGUCCUGUAAGCAGACGUGAGGAGAGGCCCCUGCGGAGGUUGUCAUCUGUGAAGCCUUGAAUGUCGUCUGUCUGAGGGCUUCACGGUGCCUUCUGUCCACACCAAGGGAAGGUUAGAGCAAGAUGUGAACUUGGGGGACCCGUAGGAUGUGUGUUUCUGUCCUAAUAAAAUGGGGCUGUGUGCUCUUAAGGUUUUCUUUCUUCUACAGAACAAGGAGAUGACGGGAAUGAUGGGAUAAGUGUCAUCAAACUGAAGGUCACCAACAGCCCAGUAGUC